CGGCAGACGGCAGUAGAGUGCAGAAGAAGACGAGCUGUGUUGUUGUUUAACGUCACUUCCUGUCGGCGACAGCGUGCAGCGUGCAAGAAAGGAAAAUGGCAGCGGACAGCAGAACCGAGGACUACCCACACGAGAUAGACGAACAGCUCACAGGCUUCGACUCGUCAGUCUCUUCUGUCAAAACUAUGCUGGAGAAGUUGAUGUCGAUGCCCAGAAAUGACCUGCUGCAAAAAUUGGAUCCUUUGGAUCAAGCCAAGCUGGACCUGAUGUCCGCCUACACCCUCAAUUCAUUAUUCUGGAUGUACUUGGUUACACAAGGAGUAAAUCCCAGAGAACAUGGAAUCAAACAGGAAUUGGAGCGAAUAAGGACAUACAUGAACAGAGUGAAGGAGAUCACAGACAAGAAGAAAGCUGCCCGUCUGGAUAAGGGGGCUGCAGCACGCUUUGUCAGGAAUGCCCUCUAUGAACCAGAAGAAAAAGAGUCUAGAAAAAAAUCAGCAUCCAAGAAAGCAGCAGACUCAUCUGACACCCCUCCAUCAAAGCGAUCAAAGCAGAGCUGAAGUAAAAGACACGAUGUACAGUUUGGUCCGGUAGUAAUUUGUACCACUUUUGGGGGCAACAAACAUUGGAGUUAAUAUGUUUGCUCACAAGGCAACUUCUAAGGCUGUGUGACGGGGUAUCAUACAAGACAACAAAACAAACCCUGUGUUAAGUCAGGAUCAUAGCCUGCAGUCAGAUCCUUGGUCACCGUUGCCCUGCAGCAGUCAGCAAAUGUUGCCGGAUGUACUAGAAACACAAGACUGAAAGCCAUCUAUGACACAGCAUACCAGGUUUGCUGUACAUUUUCCUGGACACUGACUUCGGCAAUCGGUCCAAAAUGUAACAAUAUAAUAUUUUUGUAAUGUUACUUUAACUAUUAAAAAUACUGUUUUAUUUAGAAAUGAGAGCAACAAAUUAAUUAGGUCCAAUCAAGUACUGAAAUAUGUCAUUUAAGAUUGUAUGAUUCCUUUUAGAUAAUUGAGAAAUGUUAAUUUCUCUCGAUUUUGAAAGUGAUUCUAUGAAUCAUAAGAUAUUUUUUGCAGUGUAUGUUUUACAGGAAUGCCGUGUUUCAAAGACAGUAUUUGUUUUUGUUAAUGUUACUUUUAGGAUUGAUUUCUGCAUAAAAAUACUUGCCAAUCAUGUUUGAGUUAUUAAUUUCCUGUUAUAUUGUGCCCAAAACAAAUUGGUGGUUUAAUUAAUAUGUAAAAUUGUCAUUUUGACCUGUCACACAAAAGCAGGUUUAAAUAAAAUUAAUGAUGGUUGAAUUCCA